CAGGGCGAGGCUUCAACGUGCGCGUGGACUUUUUUUUUUAAUUUAAACGCCUUCCUCCCCGCUUACAUUCAUCUGUAGAUCGACAAGGAUUGUUUUUCCCCCCCUUGGUGAGGUGGGUGUGGGGUGGGAGGAAGCGAAUCUCGUAAUGAUCUGUUUGCACUGGGAACGGGCUGCCGGGAAUAAUCCCGAGGAGAGGUUGGGUUGGCAACCCAGGCAGAGGAAGGGAUGGUGAUGCUGCAUCGAGCGGUGCCGUGCCCCUCCUGGAAGGAAGGACAUCGCGAUGGUGAGGGAGAAGAGUGUUUAAUCUUAAGAGUUAAAGUGAAGCUUGCCUGAAACCCAACACUUUCUCCUACAUUUGUGUAUUUAAGGUGACAUGCAGGAGGAUGUACCUUGCCAGCUGAGCAAGCUACAGAAACAGGCAGAAAAACACAAAUGCACAGAGACUGCUGCUGAGAUGGCUUUGCAGAGAAAAAGGUAAAACCUGGAAGUGCACGCCCUCACCCCCAGACUUCCAGUUCUGUAGUCUAAAUGGAGGGCAAACCCUCCUGCACCUACUCUAAAUCCUGCCUGACAACGCAGCAAGAGAACCAUUAAACCAGGACCUGCUUCCUGCUUCUUUGUGGAUGAUGGAUUCUUAAAUCUAAAGUCCAACCAUUCAUUCCAUCAGCCAAAAAUGUUUGGGGAAAUCAGGCUUAUUCUGUGUUCUCAAGCACCAGCUUGGAACCCGAUGCUGAGAACUGACAAAGAAAUCCAGGCGCAUCUCAUCUCUGUUUGGGUGCCAUACAAGAAACCUGUUGGCCAUCUGCUUAUAGGAUCCUGCAGCUUUUUGACCAUAUAGCUCUAUGUCUUUUCCCCUAGCAGAAGACAAACAUGGCUGCUCCAAGCUCAUGGCAAAACUUAGUUGGUUUUAUGUACUGGCAUGCAGCUGCUUGAAAAAUCCUCUUAUAGAAGUCGAUCCACCUGAGCUGAGCUGUUUUAUUUUCUUGUAUUGUUUUAAGACUUAGAGCUCUAGAAAUGUACCUCUUGAUGAACCACAAAGGGAAGUUAUUGCCAAACAUUUGUAAACUGGUGCCUUGUUUCAACAAGACAGUCAGCUUUAUCUGGAGCUUUCCAGGCACAGUUAAUAUUCAUAAUGCAGCGCUGAAAUGUUGCAAUUGAGCUGUUUUAGCAGCUUCACUCAUCGCUGCAUCUCUGGCUUGGACUUCCCUGUGUGAGCUUCUCAACCUCAUUGGGGGCAAUAUGGCGCACUUGAGAAGAAACAUGGUUUAGUAGGAGAGAUGCCCUUAUGUGGUUGGAAUGUAAGCUUUUGUAGCACUCAGUGCUGGGGAGACACAGGGCUGUGGGCUUCUUGGUGCAACAGGAGCGACUGUGAGAUCUGCUGUGUUAUGUGCUGUGGGAGUCAAACAGUGCGUGCAGUGGGACCCUGCUGCCAGCCCAGGGAUGAUGCGCUGGUGCUUUCAGAGCAGGGUGUGCCAGGACACAGAGCUCGGGAUGCAAGGGAAAUAAACGAUGGUGCUUAUUUCCUUUUUGUACAGCACCAUUUGGGGUCUGGAGUCCUCGGUUUUUUGGAUCACGCAUAAUCCAGGUCUCAAAUCCAGGGUGGGCUCACGUUUCGAGUUACAGAGGAGGUGGGGUUCAUUGGUGCGGUCAGAAACAGCCACGGAUGUCUUGGGUUUGGGUGACACAGCGUAGGGUCUUGUGACCGAGAGUGAGCAGGAUCCGCUUAAAUCCAGGUUUUAUCUUCUCCCCUCGUAAGAAAGUAAGGCUUCGACAUUUCCUGUCUGCCAAGCGGUGCAGUUUAUCUUUAAGGAGGCCAGAGAAAUAAGAAAUGAGUCUCACGUUGCAUGGGUGACAUCACUGGCUUUUGGCUCGGCGCUCUGUAUUCUCUGUCUGUAGGCUUUAGCCAAGGCUGCGGGGCUCGGUGUUUGAACAAGGAAAGAUUCCCAGGUGUGUGGAAGAUUGGAUCCACUCUUAUUUAGGUUAAAAAAGGGUGAAAUGAGAUUUCUAAAGCCCGUGGACUCCGGCGCGCCUUCUGUUGCUUUUGAUCUCUGCGUGAUGGGUGAGUUAUUCCCAUUAGAGAGAAACGGAGAGGAAAUUUAAGGAGAGGGAAAAAAAAAAAAAAAAGAUGUCUGAAUACAUCUCUGCUGAUGCCGAGGAUACGUCUCACGUGAAGCCGCUGAGCUAAAACCCUCGGCUCCUCCGUUGGAGAUCAGGCCAUAUGGCAGAGAAACGGCGCAGACCCAGAGCCGCCGGCAGCUGUUAGGGGCUGCCUUCCCCUCCCCGCCUAAGGUGUGCGCCGCUUUAUUUUCGCCCCCGGUUUGUUUUGGUUCCAUUCCCCCCCGCCGAGCUCCCCGCCCCGCUCCCGAGCAUCCUCUCAGCCCUACGUAGCCCUGCCUUCAUCCUGCAGAUGGUUCACGCGCCCGUGCGUUAGGAGAGCGGCUCGCGACAAACCCAAGCGGCGCUGACGGAGGAAGGCGAACGAGCGGCGGCGGCAGGGGGUGGAGGAGCGAUGCCGGGGCCCGGGAGCCGUGCCGCCUAGCGGGACCCGCCUGCCCGCCGCCGGGCGCUGCGCCCGUAGGCCCCGCGGUCCCUCGGCGCCUCCCGCCCUGCCCGGGCGACCGCUGCCACAGCCCGCCGUGCCGCCGCUCGGGCAGGGCUCAGGGCUGCCGGGGCCGCACGGUGACAGCGCGGCCGGCGGGACCGGGCGAGCGGCCGGCCAGGCUGGCGGGGAGGAGCCGAGCAGGUUCUGAAGCCGGGAUGUCGGCGGCCGCGAGCGACUGAGCGUCUGAGGGACUCGGGCCGAGCCCGCCGACGGACAGACGGAGCCGCGCGCUCCUGCGUUGCCAGCUGCAGCCGGGGAAACACGGCCGCGGUUUGAGUCGGCGGCGGUGACGGCUCACCCCGCUCCAAGCUCCCUCCCCUUGGACCCCUCGUUACACCCCAGCCGGCCGGAUGGUGCCCGAGCCCAGCGGCUGACGGAGAAGAGACGGGUCACCCUUCAUUGCCCCGCUGCUGCACGGCAGGUGUCCGCCCGCUGAACUUUCCGUCCUGCGGGGCCGGGCUGGAUCUCCCGAGCCGAAAAGCCAUCGCUGCCGAGCCUCGCAGCCGGCCGGACCGAGGGACAUUAACGGAGCGGCCGUAGCCACCGAGUCCCCCCGGGGUUCGCGGCUUCGGCCCCUUCUCGCCGCGUCUCCUCCGCAGGGGAAGGGAGGCCGAUGAACCCCCAGAACUGCUCCCGGGGCACAACUUGGGAGCGCUCCGGGAAUCCUUCCUUAGCGUGGAUGUGAGCCGCACGACGGGGGGAUGCUCCGGGCUGCCUCUGCCCUGUGACGGCCGGCGGCUGCUCUGGGGCUUCGGCGUGGCCUCGCGCUCAAGGGCUUUGCCUGUGGUGUGAAGAUGUCCAUGGUGUUCCCGUGAAGCUGAGGUAUGGCUGCUGGAAGGUUGCUGCUGUAUGCUGGCCUCUCUUUAGCUCUGUGCGCCCUGGGCAUGCUGGCCGUGGCAAUCUGCUCUGACCACUGGUAUGAAACUGAUGCCAGGAAGCACAGGGAGAGGUGCAAGAGCAUCACCACUAAGAGAAAUGAUCCUGGUUUUAUUUACAACUCCAACAACAACCUGCCUCUCAGGGCCAGCAGGUCGAGGUUGGACCGCUGGGAAGGGAAACUCCUCUUGGCAAGGAACAGGAGGCAGAUCUUUGCCAUGAGCGCAGUCGACGAGUGCAACAGACAGUACAACUCAACCAACAUGGGGCUCUGGAGGAAAUGCCACCGACAAGGAUUCGAUCAAGAGCUGGAGGAGCUGAUUGCCAAAGGAGCAAUUGAGCGGUGCUCAUACAUCAAGUACCACUACUCCUCAGCGACCAUUCCCAAGAACCUCACCUACAACAUCACCAAGACAAUCCGCCAGGAUGAGUGGCAUGCCUUGCAUCUGCGCAGGAUGACAGCUGGCUUCAUGGGCAUGGCUGUGGCCAUCAUCCUGUUUGGGUGGAUCAUCGGUGUGCUGGGGUGCUGUUGGGAUCGAGGCCUUAUGCAAUAUGUGGCGGGGCUUCUCUUCCUCAUGGGAGGAACCUUCUGCAUCAUUUCACUGUGCACGUGUGUGGCUGGAAUCAACUUCGAGCUCUCCCGCUACCCCCGCUACGUCUACGGGCUGCCAGAGGACAUCAGUCAUGGCUAUGGCUGGUCCAUGUUCUGUGCAUGGGGGGGCCUGGGCCUCACUCUUAUCUCUGGCUUCUUCUGCACUCUGGCCCCUUCUGUCCAACCUGUCCCCAGGACCAACUGCCCCAAAUCUAGACCUGAGAAUGGGACAGUGUGCUAAAAAAACAGCCAACAACAAAUACACACACACACACAGGUGUAUAUAUAUAUAUAUAUAUGUCUAUGUAUACCUAUACAUGCAUAUAUAUGUAUAUAUAAUUAAAUAUAUAUAUAAUCUCAAAUUAAUGCCAGUGCCAAGGUAGAGCUGAGUCCAACAUGGCACUCACAUCUCCACUGGACUCUGUGCUGCUUCGUUCUUUCUCACCAAGAUGGGAAUGCUUUUCUCUCACAUGGCUCUUCCAUCCAACUCUUAACUCCAGCGCCAUAUCUUAGAGGUUGAAUUAACAUGCUGUCGCACCUACCAGCUGCCACCCUGGUGAGAGAGAGAGGGGUCCGGGUGGGGACCUGGAAUCAGUCUGUACAGGACAUGGAGGGCUGGGGAGCAGGGGCAAAAAGCCCAUCCAUUGCAGUUAGAAAGGAAAAUGCAAACAGCAAGCAAAUAAACAAACCAAGCAAUUGA